AUGGUCCAAAAAAAAUGUUCCACUUUGAUAUUGUUAAUUCCGUUGAAUCAAAUUGCUCAACUCGUAGUGAUGAAGGGUGCUGCUGAUAGGAUUUUAGAUUUCUUUGAAUUGUACUCUAAAUAUCCAUUGAAUCAAUUAAUUUCUAAUAUUGAUGUUGAAUCAUCACAAAUGCAAUUUAUUCGAAUUUCAAAACAAGUGGACAGUAAGAAUGUUACCAUUGGUUAUGUUCCGAUUACUAUCAAUACAGGAAAUGUUAAACACAAUGGAAAUUAUAAUAUAUUUACAUUAUCGCCCUAUCAUCACUAUAUUUCAUAUGGAAGAGUAGAAUUGGAAAUUAAUAAUAUUAACAAGUGGAUUGUACAAUUUACGAAUUUAAUUAUUGAUUUAUUUAGCUACUUUUUCAUUUGGACAAAAUUAGACAAGACUCUAAUUAUUGGUAAUUUAAUGCUUUCGACCAAUUUAUACAAUAACUUGUAUAAUAUUAAAAACAAUUUAUUGGAAAAUUCUGGAUCCACUAUGAACCAGGAUGAUUUCCUAAAUAAUGGAACUCAAAGCAUAUUAUACAAUUCAGGCAAUAUAGAUAGUCAAUUAAAAUUAAUGAAUACCAAUUAUACAUUAGAAUCUUUAAACCAAAUUGAAGAUAAUGAAUUAUAUUCAGAGUUGACCAAAUUUUUAACAUCCAAAUUUCCACAGCAUUCAGUCAUGAUGAGAUCUUUGAAUGAUAAAAUUUACUCCCCAAUUUUGAAUACUCUAUCUAAAAUAGGAUAUUGUCCAAUCCCUUCCAGAAUGAUUUACACACUCAAUACACUCGAUAAAGACACUAUUCAAAGCACAUUAAAAAAGAGGGAUGUUAAGGAUGAUAAGAAACUUCUCAACAAGUAUAAAAACUCAUAUACUAUUAUUGGAAAUAAUGAAUUGAGAGAGAAAAUUAAUGAUAUGAAUCACAAAUAUAUUGAACAAAUGGUAAAUGUCUAUAACAUGUUAUAUAUUGGAAAAUACUCAGAGUGUAACAUUCAAUUCUCAAAAUUGUUUGUUUAUGAAACCUUGAAAAAUAAUAUUAUCAACUACAAAUGCAUUCUGAAUAAUGAGAGAGAUGAAAUUGAUGGAGUGAUUGGAUAUUUCAUCAAAACAUUCAACAAUACAAGAGUAAUGACAUGUCCAGUAUUGGGAUAUAAUACAUCUGUCUCAGCUCCCCUUUACAGAAUGUUAUCAAGCAUUCUAUUACAAGAUGCCAUUCAUUUCAAUGUGUUUUUCAAUCAAUCAUCUGGUGCCUCAAUAUUCAAAAUGAAUAGAGGUUGCUCACCUGCAGUUGAGUAUUCCUCAAUUUAUAUCAAACACUUACCAUUUUAUAGAAGAUUACCAUGGUCUUUACUCAAUACCUUAAUUAACUAUAUUGCUGUUCCAAUUAUGGAACAUUAUAAAUUAUAA